GUUUUAUGAAAAUUUGCUGACCCUUAAAGGCUCACCAAAAAAGGAACAAUCUCUCACUUGACAAGUACCUCAGUCCUACAUUGAUGGAGGAGUCGAUUUACAACUUGCUGCCAAAACCUUUGGAAAUACCUCCUAAACCCCUGCGUUACACAUCGCAAUUCCGGCACACUGUGGAAAAGGAGUUCAACUCAGACAAAUAUAAAUGGAAGACAAUGGGACCAGCAAAAGUCCCGGUUCCGACUCCAGAUAAUUACCUCAAAAAAAACGAAGGCCACCAUAUGGUGCACAUGCCACGCAGCAAGUCCGCUAAUGCCGAUGAUAGAAAAACCUUUAGGGAUUGUUUGCUUGAUGCAAAGAAAGCAGAUCUACCGUCAAAAUCAAACAACGCACUCCAGCGUCUACCAUGCGCCACAGAUUACGUCACGAUGAACAAGAUAGCAGCGCAAAAAAUGCCUUCAAAGAAAGCGAAGAGACUCUUGGUUGACACACGAACGGGAGACAAGAUAGAUUUGCCUCCUUCUGGUUUGGAGCUUGUCUACGUGUAUAAAAAAAAAUUUGGUGAUGUCCCAGAUUAUUUGGUCCAGCGUGCAAAAGCUGUUGCUCUGGCAAAACAGCAAUACAACGAUUACGUUAGAGAAAUGAAACGGAAGAAGGCCCUUUAUCAAGUAUCUGAGGAGGAAAAAAAGUCUUUACUCAAUGGACUAAAAGGACAAUGGGAUGCGUUGUAUCAACAGUAUCAGUGCCUCCCAGUCAUGAUGGAUACAUUCACAAAGAUAAAUAGAAAACAGUGGUUGGAAGCUGCCCUUGGUGAUUUGGAGCAAGAUAUUGAAAUGUUAGAGGGACAUCAAGAUAUAUACGUUGCAAACUGA